UCUUCUUGUCCCCCCGCAGGAAGCAGCUGAGACAGUGCAGAGAUGAAGACCCUGAUAGGCAGCAUCGUGGCGAUGCUGCUGCUGCUGCUGCUGCUCCUGGGUCUACUGGACGUCUCCCAGGCCCAGGGCAGCUGCCCUGGGUACCGGGGCAUUCCUGGCAUCCCAGGCAUCCCGGGGGCACCUGGCUCUGACGGCAAACCUGGGAUCCCGGGGAUAAAGGGAGAGAAAGGGCUGCCAGGGCUAGCAGGAGACCAUGGCGAGUUCGGACAGAAGGGGGAACCAGGGACUCCUGGGACGCCAGGAAAAGUCGGCCCCAAGGGCCCCGUUGGCCCCAAAGGUUCCCCAGGGCCCCCUGGAGCCCGUGGGCCCAAGGGUGAAUCGGGAGACUACAAGGCCACACAAAAAAUCGCCUUCUCUGCCACACGGACCAUCAACAGCCCCCUGCGGAAGGACCAGGCCAUCCGCUUUGACCACGUGAUCACCAACGAGAACCAAAACUACGAGCCUCGCAGCGGCAAGUUCACCUGCAGGGUUCCCGGCCUCUACUACUUCACCUACCACGCCAGCUCGCGGGGGAACCUGUGCGUGAACCUCGUCCGCGGCCGCGAGCGCAUGCAGAAGGUGGUCACCUUCUGCGACUUUGUCCACAGCACCUUCCAGGUCACCACGGGCAGCAUAGUCCUCAAGCUGGAAGUCGGGGAGAGCGUCUUCCUGCAGGCCACCGACAGGAACUCCCUGCUGGGCAUCGAAGGCGCCAACAGCAUCUUCUCUGGGUUCCUGCUCUUCCCGGACAUGGAGGCCUGACCUGUGGGGCUGCCUCACCCCCUCCCCACCCGCUCUGCCGCCAGCACUGCUCACUCUACCCCAGCACCACCCCCACCCA